GAGUACAAGUUUGUUGUUCAUCGGGAUCUAGAUGUAAUGUGCUUAGAAGAUACAAUAAGAAUGUCAGUGCAUAUUGCGCUCGAGUGUUACAAUAUAAAAAACGUAAAAAUCAUCGAAUUUGUGGAGGAGAGCGAUCGAGUGAUGCCGGAGAAUCUAAAUUGUUUAUUUGUGAAUAAAGUUCUAGAUGAUUCACCGCAAAUUCAAUCGGAUAUCAAACUGGUAGCGACACACGGACGAUUCAAAGAUAUCGCGUUGCCUGAUAAUGUUUCUACAAUAGAAUUUGAUGAACUGACAAAAAAAGAAAAUUGUUUGAUGAUUAUAGGUUUUGGAAUUUUAACAAAAAAUAAAAACGAAUUAUAUAAACAAUUAUUAUCUGUCAUAAUGUCCAAGGGAUUUCUGUUAACAUUGGAAGAGUUGGAUGCUAUUUAUGACUACUCAUGUCUUGAUAAGUAUGGGUUAAAAAUAAUUUUGGAGAAACGCACCAGCGAUAGGACAAUUAUAUUAUUAAGGAAAAUACACGAUGUUAAGAGUAGUCAACAGAUUGUUCAUGUAAACAAUUAUGAAUUCUCAUGGAUAGACAGGCUUA